AUGUCCUGGACAAUUGGAACUGGCGAACUGCCGACGGCUUUUACCAUAAAUCGAUUAAUGGAUGAAAAUGACCUACUGAUCGACGUGAUCAACAAUAAACUGGUAAUUGGUGAUUUUGAGGAAGCAAUGCAAUAUCAAAUGGUUCUUCAACGCAAUCUUGUCUACCUCCUUCGUCUUUCGGCAAAGCCUGAAAAUUCGGAUCCUGCACAGAUCAAUCCAACAUGA